UUCUUUUCAUUUUUUUCCAUUUCUUGAAAGAAAUUGAAUCAAAUCAUGGGUCUUUGUGCAUCAGCUCCGAAAUCAAGAACAAACCCAGAAAGGAAUCAGUUCAAAAACCAUCAAAAAACCAAUCUUUUUAGCUAUAAUCAUCAAAACCCACCGUCCACCAACAACCCACAAAAGUUUUCCGGCCAACAAACCACCACCGGAGCUGGUGGUGUUGGUGCUACUCCUCCUCCGUUCUCCGAGUUCUCUUUUGCCGACCUGAAAACGGCUACUAAUAAUUUCAGUACAGAUUUAAUCGUGUCUGAAAGUGGUGAAAAGGCACCAAAUCUUGUGUAUAAAGGAAGACUCAAGAACCGCCGGUGGAUUGCCGUGAAGAAAUUCUCCAAAUUAUCGUGGCCCGACCCGAAACAAUUUGCGGAGGAAGCAUGGGGUGUUGGGAAAUUGCGUCAUAAGAGGCUCGCUAAUUUGAUUGGAUAUUGUUGUGACGGCGAAGAGAGGUUGCUCGUUGCCGAGUAUAUGCCAAACGACACUCUUGCUAAACAUUUAUUUCACUGGGAAAAUCAAACAAUCGAGUGGGCUAUGCGAAUAAGGGUUGCUCAAUACAUAUCCGACGCCUUAAACUAUUGUAGUGCCGAAGGUCGCCAAUUGUACCACGAUCUCAAUGCAUAUAGGGUUCUCUUUGAUGAGGAUGGAGAUCCCCGACUUUCGUGUUUCGGGUUUAUGAGAAACAGUAGGGACGGAAAAAGUUACAGCACAAAUCUUGCAUACACACCUCCGGAAUAUCUCAAACAUGGAAGAGUCACCCCGGAAAGUGUUGUGUACAGCUUCGGUACGGUCCUUUUAGAUCUUCUAAGUGGUAAACACAUCCCUCCAAGUCAUGCGCUCGAUAUGAUUCGUGGCAAAAAUAUCAUUCUUUUAAUGGAUUCGCAUUUAGAAGGAAACUUUUCGACCGAUGAAGCAACUACAGUUGUCGAACUUGCCUCCAAAUGCUUGCAAUACGAACCGAAAGAUAGACCAAGUAUUAAAGACCUCGUUGCCACACUUGCUCCUCUUCAAACAAAAUGUGACGUUCCGUCUUACGUAAUGCUUGGGAUUUCGAAACUAGACGAAGCUCCGGCAACUCCACAACGGCCUCUUUCGUCAUUGGGAGAGGCGUGUUCACGGAAAGAUCUUACGGCAAUUCAUCAAAUCUUGGUUAUGACUCAUUAUCGUGAUGAUGAAGGAACCGGAACCAAUGAGUUGUCGUUUCAAGAAUGGACUCAGCAGAUGAGAGAUAUGUUGGAAGCUAGGAAACGUGGAGACCAAGCGUUCCGCGAUAAGGACUUCAAAGCUGCCAUUGACUUCUAUUCACAGUUCAUAGACGUGGGAACAAUGAUCUCGCCAACCGUUUUAGCAAGGCGAAGCCUAUGCUAUUUGCUCUGUGAUCAACCAGAUGCCGCCCUUCGAGACGCCAUGCAAGCGCAGAUAGUGUACGCAGAUUGGCCCACCGCCUUCUACAUGCAAUCGGUGGCUCUUGCCAAGCUGGACAUGCAUCAAGAUGCCCUCGAUAUGUUGAAUGAGGCUGCCGGGCUAGAAGAAAAGCGGCAGAAAGGCGAUCGAAGGAGUUCAUAAGAUCAUCAUCCGCGAUAUUUUCGCAAAAACGAGUAAAUAAUUUGUUAUCAAAUAUGGUUGACGUCAAAUUUUUGAAUGAAUUUACUCACAGAAGUUAUGUUUGAUAAAUGCAAAGCUUCUUGUUUA